UAUGUGACAAGAUGGAGGAACAAGAACAAGACGGACAAACAGACAUAUGUCGUGUCUGUCGAUGUGAGAGUACGCCAGAUAAACCCCUGUAUCAUCCGUGUGUGUGUACAGGAAGUAUACGAUACAUACAUCAAGAAUGUCUUUUACAAUGGUUAACUUAUAGUCGAAAAGAAUACUGUGAACUAUGCAAGCACAGAUUCACAUUUACUCCAAUUUACUCACCGGACAUGCCAAAGCGACUUCCUAUCAAGGAUAUCUUCAGCGGCCUUCUCACCAGCGUUGGUCGCGCCAUACGCUACUGGUUCCACUACACAUUGGUGGCAUUUGCAUGGCUGGGAGUCGUACCCCUCACUGCCUGUCGUAUUUACCGAUGUCUGUUCACGGGGUCGGUCAGUUCACUCCUCACAUUACCACUAGACAUGCUUUCUACUGAUAACUUAGCAUCCGACUGUUUUCAUGGCUGCUUUGUGGUGACAUGUACACUCUGUGCUUUUAUAAGUCUGGUGUGGCUACGGGAGCAGAUUCUACAUGGAGGGGGGCCAGAUUGGCUGGAACAGGAAAACCCUGGGGGUAAUCAACCUAGGAAUUUCCUGGAUGGGGGAGUAGUCAACAAUUUAGUAAAUUUAGGAGGGGGUGGAGUACCUAGAGCCCAACCAGCUAAUCAAAAUGAUCUAAACAACCCACCAAUGGCAGCGCCCAAUCCUGCAGCCAAUGAGGAUGAAGGAGAUGAUGACGGAGGCAUGGACGGGGGUAACAAUGGCAAUAACGCAGCACAAGAUGACAACAACUGGAACCCUAUAGAGUGGGACAGGGCAGCAGAGGAGUUAACCUGGGAAAGGCUGCUGGGUCUGGAUGGCUCCCUGGUGUUCCUCGAACAUGUGUUUUGGGUGGUGUCCUUAAACACGCUCUUCAUACUGGUGUUUGCCUUCUGUCCUUACCACAUCGGCCACUUCACACUGGUAGGACUCCACCUGGAUGACUUUGCGCUGUCCACUCACUUUGAAGGACUGAUGACCACCAUGAUUGGCUAUGUAGUAAUAGCCGUCUCCUUCGUCAUUCUCUACAUGAUGUGUGCUAUAGCUAAACUCAAAAAGUUUAGAAGAGUACUGGGCCUUUGCUAUGUGGUUGUCAAGGUGAUGCUCCUGGUAGUCAUAGAGAUUGGAGUGUUUCCUCUGAUCUGUGGCUGGUGGUUGGACGUAUGUUCAUUGUCAAUGUUCGAUGCGACAUUGAAGGACCGUAAGAACAGUUUCCACCUGGCACCAGGGACAUCCAUGUUUAUCCACUGGCUGGUGGGAAUGGUGUAUGUGUUCUACUUUGCCUCCUUCAUCCUCCUACUGCGCGAGGUCCUCAGGCCAGGCGUACUCUGGUUCCUCAGGAACCUCAAUGAUCCCGAGUUCAACCCAAUACAAGAGAUGAUCCACCUGCCAGUAUACAGACAUGGGCGCCGCUUUAUAGCCUCCGUGAUAAUCUUUGGAAGUACAGUGCUACUGAUGCUGUGGCUGCCAGUACGGGUGAUAAAGAGAGUGCUAACAGGUUUCCUUCCCUACCACGUCAUGCUGUCCAGUGAUGCCCCAGUCAGUGAGCUGUCCCUAGAGUUACUACUGCUACAGGUGGUCCUGCCAGCUCUACUGGAGCAGGGUCACACCCGUAUGUGGCUGAAGGGUAUGGUGCGGGGCUGGACCGUGGCUAUGGCCUCUAUGUUAGGGCUUCGGUCCUACCUUCUCGGUGACCUUCCCUUACAGGAUGGGGACAACGUGGUCCAGGGAGACCCUCCUGCACCCCUGGUGCCCCCAGCCAACAACAACGCUGCACCUGCAGUGGGAGGAGGCCUUGGGGGAGGGUUGGGGGCCGCUCACCAAGCCAUGCUACAGGGCGGAGGACCGACAGGCUUUCAGGCCUACAUACGACCGCAGCUAUUCUAUUUCAGGAUCGUGUUACUGGUGAUGUUUAUGUGUGUGACACUCUUCGCCUCCAGUCUUAUGUCACUUGUCUUGCCAGUAUUUUUCGGACGUAAGCUGAUGUCUCUGUGGAUGGGGGAUGCUAAGAUCCAUGAACUGUACACAGCUGCCUGUGGUUUGUACGUGUGCUGGAUGAUCCUCAGGAUCAGCACCGUCCUGUACAACUGGAUCCCCCAAGGCACCUCCGCCAUCCUCAACAAGAUCAAGGAGUGGGCAUUGUUGGCCAUGAAGUGUAUCAUUGUGGCUGUGUUACUGAUUGGUGUGGUGCCCCUGUUACUGGGGCUGCUGUUUGAGCUGGUCGUAGUGGCUCCCCUACGUGUGCCUCUAGAACAGACACCUAUAUUUUUUCCCUGGCAGGAUUGGGCUCUAGGAGUCCUCCAUGCGAAGAUUGUGUGUGCAGUGACUAUGAUGGGACCUGCGUGGUGGCUCAAGAGGGUCAUUGAACAGGUUUAUAAUGACGGCAUUCGUAACAUGAACCUGAGAUUCAUCCUCACCAAGUUGUGUGCCCCAGUGGUUGGUAUCCUAGGCAUGUCCCUCUCUCUGCCAUACGUCGUCGCUAAAAGUUUUGUUCCUUAUCUAGGUUUUAAUUUCCAGACUCAGAAUCUGGUUCUGAGGAGGAUAUACCCGUUCCUUCUAGCCUGUAUUGUAUUUGUCCUUUUUGGAAUAUUCCAAAUCCGGCAGUUUAAACGGCUCUAUGAGCACAUUAAAAAUGACAAGUACCUUGUUGGACAAAGACUUGUGAAUUAUGAGCCAAGAAAAAGGUUUCUCUCUCAAAUCCGUCGCCAAAUGUCAUGACUACCAAAUAGGAAGGAUGCCUGAUAAUUUUAGCUAUGUUAUUGUGUAGUUGUGGUCACUAGACAUGGUGUAGUGACCACUGAGAACAUGGAUUAAUGACCGCUCUAAUGAUGAGGUGUGGUCUAUGUCGCAGUCAGCAGUGAAGCAUUAAAUGCAGAUAAAUUUAUUAAGACUGAUACUCACAUUACUGACCACAGAAAGUCGACGUAAACUUGAAAAUCUCAUUACUGACCUCAAAAAGUCGACGUAAACUGGAAGUGGGGGGAGAAGGAUGAUAUAUAAGAGAUGUCGGAAAUGUUUUUCGAUUUAUUAAGUAAAACACUGCAUAGAUUACUAAAGGACGACUGAAACAAUUGAUUCAACACUUCACAUAGGAGUAACAGGCGUGGGAUUGAUUCAACACUUCAAACAGGAGUAACAGGCGUGGGAUUGAUUCAACAAUUCACACAGGAGUAACAGGCGUGGGAUUGAUUCAACACUUCACACAGGAGUAACAGGCGUGGGAUUGAUUCAACACUUCACACAGGAGAAACAGGCAUGGGAUUGACUCAACACUUCACAAAUUAAUUAAGGAAGUAGUUUUUAUCGAAUGUGAGACUUUGUUGAACUUGUGUGUGAAAACUGGCCGUAUUUCAUGUUAUGUGAGGUAAGAUUUAUUUUGGUUUUGUUAGCUUAUAACAUUUUGAGGAUUUCUGGAAUAGAAGUUCCACUAUUUAUUAACCUUACAGGUAUGUUUUAUAACAUCAACAUUUUAUGAUGUUAUGUUUAUGAUAGGGGACUUGAGGGGGUUGGGGAAUAAAUAAAACCUGAACUAUUUUUGCAAUACUAUUUCGGCAAGGACCAGAGUUAUUGAAAAAUUUGUGAGUGCAUUAAUGCAUUCUACAUUUAAAUGAUAGUGCUCUAGCUCUUGAGUCUGUGUGUAAAAUAAACUAUAUAUGGGGAUGCACAAUAUAAGGUCUCUAUAUAUCCUAUAGGUCUGUAUCCCACCAUAAACAAUGUGAACGCUUACUAUCUCUAGAUAGUAUGUUCCCACUGGAUGUUGCUGUAGGGAGAUCUAUUUAAGUGGGCGUGGCCUGAUGUGGAAACCUAUUCACUCCUUUUGCCAUUAAAAUAUGUGGAAAGUGAAACGCUGAAAUGUUACUCUGGACCUCAUAGUGCUUGGUUUUCAUUGACCUAAAUUACAUGAAAUUGUAUGUAUAGAUGGGACAGUAGGAAAUGGGGGUUAGAACAUUAGGAUAGUAAGCAUGGCAUUUGUCUAAAUUUACUUAGAACAGCUAUCUAGUUACGGUAAGAGCAAUCAAAGAGAUGAUUUUAGCUGAUCUUGGUAUGGAGUAUCAUAUGCAUUAAGGCAAAGGACUUAAUGGUGAACAAACAAAUGAUUUGCCC